AUGGAUAGCGAUGAGUAUAAAAAAGAAGUUGAAGCAAAUGUAAAGGCAGAAAAACUUUUACAGUUGCAAAACCAAACCGUACAGUAUGAAAACUUAGCACAAGAAAGUAAAAAUAACGACGCAGCCAUGCAAAAGGCAAUGAAAAGCGCAGAAUAUAUAAAAGCUAAUAAUGACUGGUUAGAUGCCCAAGCCAACGCUAAAGCAGCCCAACUUAUAGGGUCAAUAAGGACAAAAAUACAAGCGGAUGAAGACAGUUCAAAUGAAGCUUUAAUGAAUGCUGACUUUAAGAACGCCUUCGAAGCUCUUCAUAGUAAGGUGAAACUAGUGAACGACUUCUCAUCUGGAAAGAAACUGAAGUCUGAAGGUUUCGACAAAGAGUUAAAAGAAGUAGCACAAAAUAUGACGAAAAUAACAGAUGCAGCAACGAGACAGGCAGUUCAAAGUGCCUAUGACGCCGUUAGAGCAACUGUUGUGGAAAGUCAAGAAAAAGAGUUACAACAGACCAAAACAGACCUAGUAAAUGCUUUCUUAAGAACGAAAAGUCAGGUAGGACAUUAUGCUGCAGAUGGAACAUAUGUGCCAGCUGGUGGAACUUAUAUACCACCAAACCCUCCAAGAGAAGCACCUGCACCAGGACUACCUAAAACAUUUACAUCGUCACAUGGACACAGACACAGGCAUGCACCAAAACCAACACAACAACCAACAGUUCAAAAUCCAGCACAACAACAACAACCAAAACCAACAGUUCAAAACCCUGCACAGCAACCAACAGUUCAAAACCCUGCACAACAACCAAAACCAGCACAACAACCACCUCCACAACCAGCACAGCAACCACCUCCACAACCAGCACAGCAACCAACAGUUCAAAACCCUGCACAACAACAACCACAAACAGAGCAAGGACAUAAAAGAAGUAGAGAAAAAGGAAACCAAGAAUUCUUAAAAAUGCUUAAGGAUGAUUAUG